AUGAACGCCCGAACCAUCCCGACGACGCAAAAGAGUCAACAGCCCCGAAGGGGACGCGCGGGACGAGGCAGGGACACACCGCUCGCACGGCACCCGGUUGGAAGAAAGAAGAAGAGUCCGCGCGGAUCCGCCCCGGCCGCGUGGGCGGGCACGCCACGAUCCGACGGCUCGCGCCGACGAUUUUUGGCACGGCACCGGCAAACGCAAAGCAAGCAAUCAGGCUGGCAGGAAAAAGGAUCGAGGAGGAGGUGGACGACUCCGCCCGCACACCCCCGCGCCACGGACAAAACCACUGGUAGUAGUACCACCGGAGAAGGGGGCAAGCGCGCGCGACGCGACGCGACGCACGCGGGAGAACGAAGCCCCCCACUCCCUUCCUCUCCUCCUCCCCGCCCCGGCAUCGAGGCUCCCGGCGGGAUGGGCGCGGGGAAUGGCCUGAGCAACGGCGCCGCGGCCGCGGCCGAGGCGGCGCCCGACGGGACCACGGUGUUCCGGGCCACGGCCUACUCGCCGCUGCGCACCACGCUGGCGCUGGCGCUCUGGCUGGGGGCCAUCCACUUCAACAUCCUCCUCGUCCUCGCCUCCCUCUUCCUCCUCCCCCGCCGCGUCGCCGCCAUGGUGCUCGGCACGCAGCUCUUCUUCAUGCUCGUGCCCCUCAAUGACAAGAGCAGGAUUGGACGCAAGAUCGCCAGAUUCAUAAGCAAGUACGUCGUUGGGUACUUCCCCGUCACUCUACAUGUGGAGGACUACAAGGCCUUUGACCCCAAAAGAGCUUACGUGUUCGGUUAUGAACCGCAUUCUGUUCUGCCCAUCGGCCUUGGGGCCCUCGUGGACCUUGUUGGAUUCAUGCCAUUGCCGAAGACCAAGGUUCUUGCAAGCACUGCGGUGUUCUACACUCCGUUCUUGAGGCAGAUAUGGACGUGGUUGGGCUUGGUUCCUGCUUCAAGAAAGAACUUCUACUCCUACCUUCGAGCUGGUUAUACCUGCAUCGUAGUGCCUGGAGGUGUACAGGAGAUGCUUCACAUGGAUCAUGAUUCGGAGGUUGCUUUUCUGAAAUCAAGAAAAGGUUUUGUUAAGAUCGCUAUGGAGACAGGUUCUCCUUUAGUCCCGGUCUUCUGCUUCGGACAGAGCCUUGUGUACAAGUGGUGGAGGCCAGGUGGCAAGUUGAUUGUGAAGAUUGCUAGAGCAAUUAAAUUUACUCCAAUUGUUUUCUUUGGGAAAUACGGGACUCCCAUCCCUUUCACGACACCACUUCAUCUGGUUGUUGGAAGACCAAUCGAGGUUCAGAAAAAUCCUCAGCCUACAUAUGAUGAGAUAAACGAGGUGCAUGAACAAUUUGUGGUUGCGAUGCAAGAACUAUUCGAAAAGUACAAGACAAAAGCUGGAUAUGACAAACUCGAAUUGAGAGUUCUAUGA